GGAACGACCAGGUCUGGUGCUUUGUCUCUUUUGUGCUAUCUGCUGGAGAUGAGCCUAGGCUUGACCUGACCAUGAUUCCAAGGACUGGCACUUCUUUUUUACCCCCAGUUUGUAGAGAUCCAGACCUUCUCUUCCUGAUUGUCAAGAAAAUUAAAUUAUUGCUGAAUUUGGGAAUCUAGGCAGCACCAGCUUACUUUUUUCCCUGCAUCUCUCUGGAAUCAUUUCUGGGAUAUUUUCCAAAUCAUCACAGAAAGCAGGAGGAAUGAACCGGCAGCUAGUGAAAAUUUUGACAACCUUGUUUGCAUUUUUCUUAGAGACAAACCAUUUCAGGACGACUUUCUGUAAAGAACAUGAUUCAAGAUCUGGAAAAUCCCCCUCACAGACCCUGUCUCCUUCAGAUUUUUUGGACAAAUUGAUGGGAAGGACAUCGGGGUAUGAUGCUAGAAUCAGACCAAAUUUUAAAGGUCCUCCAGUAAACGUUACUUGCAAUAUUUUUAUCAACAGUUUUGGAUCAGUCACAGAAACCACAAUGGACUACAGAGUGAACAUUUUUUUGAGACAGCAGUGGAAUGACUCACGUCUGGCUUACAGCGAAUAUCCCGAUGAUUCCUUGGAUUUGGAUCCCUCUAUGUUGGACUCCAUUUGGAAGCCAGAUUUAUUCUUUGCCAAUGAGAAAGGAGCAAACUUCCAUGAUGUCACGACAGACAACAAGUUGCUAAGGAUUUUUAAAACUGGAAAAGUUUUGUACAGUAUCAGGCUUACUUUAACCUUAUCCUGUCCCAUGGACUUGAAGAAUUUUCCUAUGGAUGUACAGACAUGUACAAUGCAGCUAGAGAGCUUUGGCUACACUAUGAAUGAUCUGAUAUUUGAAUGGCUAAGUGAUGGACCUGUGCAAGUUGCAGAGGGUUUGACCUUGCCACAGUUUCUUUUGAAAGAAGAUAAAGAACUCGGUUAUUGCACAAAACAUUACAAUACUGGAAAGUUUACAUGCAUUGAAGUCAAGUUUCAUUUGGAGCGUCAGAUGGGAUACUAUUUAAUCCAGAUGUACAUUCCUAGCCUGCUGAUUGUCAUUUUGUCCUGGGUUUCUUUCUGGAUCAACAUGGAUGCUGCUCCAGCUAGAGUUGCACUGGGUAUCACUACAGUUCUGACAAUGACCACGCAAAGCUCAGGAUCGAGAGCUUCCCUCCCAAAAGUAAGGAAAUCGUUUU